AUGGAGCAGUUCCAAAGGGCCCUGCAGAUUCAUGUACCCCAAAUACGAAGCAAGCCAGCCGAUCUGAGCGAUUGGGGUUCAUUCAAACCGUUGGAAGGAGAAGAACCACUGGAAGGAGAAUGUAUGCUGGACGUCGAGAAAUUCCUUGGCGAGGUGAUGGCGAUCGUCGGAAAUGGAGCAUCUCUACGCAGGGUCAACAAGAUGUGGCGUCGAUGCAUAAACGCAAAUGUCCGUCGCAUAGAAUUGCGGAACUACAAAGGAUUCAGUCAUGAACAUCGCCUCGACACAAUCUCCUUGAACUUCAGGAAUUUGAAAGAAUUGGUGUUACCAGCACGCUUCAAGGUCACUUCAUUCGGUUCUGAACGUCUGAGGAGUUUGCAGAACCUGAGGAAAGUCACUCUCAAUGGAACCAAUAUAUCCCGGAAGGGGAUACAAUGGCUUGAAGACCUGACGUCACUCAGAGUUUUGUGCAUGUGGAUCCCUCGAGUUGACCAGUCUACGCCUUCCGGUUUCACUAUUCUGGGGGACCUUACUCAGUUGAAAGAGCUAGAGCUUCAUGAUGCUCGAGGCAGGAAUAACUCAAGCAAUCAUUUCGUUGGGCUCAUCGGCCUCCGCUCUUUAAGGCUGUGGAAUUCCUUUGUCUUGUUGGCAGAUUUCCCUUCAUUGACCAGGCUCGAAGUUCAUGCACGUGACUUGGGUUUCCUAGGCUCCCACAGGAGACUCAUUUUUCGAGAAAAUUUGAACAGAAUUGGCUACAUUUCUUCCCUUGAUGAGCUGAAGCUUCAUGGGUGGAAGCUUGAUGGGUUCCAUGUUUCCGCAGAACAAUUUUCGACGUGGAAUGGGCUAUCGCGCUUGCGUCUUCUAAGCAUUGAACGCUGUUUCACACAGCACAUAUUGGGGGCCAUGUCUUCAUUGACAUCGAUGCAAGAGCUCGUACUCAAGUGGUGUAGAACUGGGACGCUGAACUACUUCACGUCAUUGAUGUCCCUGUCCGUGUCUCGCAUGUUUCUGGAUGUUGGUUCUGUGGUGGAGUUGACUGCGCUCACUGCAUUGAAGGUGUACUCUUGCUAUACAGAGACAGGUGCUAGAUUCACGAAUUUGACUUCUCUGAGGCAACUCAGUCACCUGGAACUGGUCGAUAGUGGACAUGUUCACCAGGAUGACUUUGACAUUUUGGCAGCACAUAUUCCGCAUGUGGUGAUAGAAGAAUCUCCAACGCCAUUGCUUGGUGCCGGAAAAUUCUGA